UGGCAUUUCACUAGAAAAAUGGCAAUUGGAGCAGCAGCAGCAGUACUAGCUGCAACACUUUCUCCUCCUCCUUCAACCUCUUCGUUGACAUCGUGCGACAUUCACCAUCUUCCUCAUCAUCACCAUCGUCGUCAUCCUCUAUCGUCAUCUCCAUCAUCAUCAUCAUCAUCAUCAUCAUCAUCAUUUUGUUUUCCGAGCUCUCGGACCAAGAAAAACAGUCGCAAUAAGCUUGUGUGUAGAAUGGCUGGAAUUGACAGCAAGGGAAUGGCGAGUGAUGUUUAUUCAGGAACUAUGAUUUAUGAGCCUAUAUUAGAAGAAGGUGUUUUCCGGUUUGACUGCUCAUCUGAUGACAGAAAUGCAGCAUUUCCUAGCCUGUCAUUUGCAACUCCUAAACUUAGGGAAACACCUUUAAUGAGUGGAAAUCUUCCCUUUUAUGUUCCUACAUUUGAGUGCACUCUGGGGCAGCAGAUCGUGAAUCUUCAGCUUCCCGUUGGUACAUGUUUUUAUGGAACUGGAGAAGUCAGUGGACAGCUUGAGAGAACAGGAAAAAGAGUCUUUACCUGGAACACAGAUGCUUGGGGAUAUGGGCCCAGUACAACAUCAUUAUACCAGUCACAUCCCUGGGUUCUGGCCAUUUUGCCAAAUGGGGAAACACUAGGUGUGCUGGCUGAUACAACACAACGUUGUGAGAUUGAUUUACGGAAGGAGUCUACCAUAAAGUUUGUUGCACCAUCAUCUUACCCUGUUAUCACAUUUGGUCCAUUUUCUUCCCCAACUCAUGUUCUGGAAUCUUUGUCUCACGCAAUUGGAACUACCUUUAUGCCACCAAAGUGGGCACUCGGCUAUCAUCAAUGUCGAUGGAGUUAUGCUUCUGAUAAACGAGUUCUUGAGGUUGCUAGAACUUUUCGUAAAAAGGACAUACCUUGUGAUGUGAUCUGGAUGGAUAUAGACUACAUGGAUGGUUUUCGUUGCUUUACUUUUGACAGUGAGCGUUUUUCAGACCCAAGCUCUCUGGUGAAUGAUCUUCAUCUUGAUGGUUUCAAGGCAAUCUGGAUGCUUGACCCAGGAAUCAAACAAGAAAAAGGUUACUUUGUUUACGAUAGUGGAUCUGAAAGUAACGUCUGGGUCAAAACUGCUGAUGGGAAACCUUUUUUAGGUGAAGUGUGGCCUGGGCCUUGUGUCUUCCCUGAUUAUACACAUUCAAAGGCUCGAUCAUGGUGGGCAGAUUUGGUGAAAGACUUCAUUUCUAAUGGCGUUGAUGGUAUAUGGAAUGAUAUGAAUGAACCAGCGAUAUUCAAGGUAGUGACAAAGACUAUGCCUGACAGCAAUAUCCAUGAUGGGGAUCCUGAAUUAGGCGGCUGCCAAAAUCAUUCAUACUACCACAAUGUAUAUGGGAUGCUGAUGGCUAGAUCUACAUAUGAAGGCAUGAAAUUAGCAAAUGAAGAUAAACGACCAUUUGUUCUUACUCGAGCUGGAUUUAUAGGCAGCCAAAGGUAUGCUGCAACAUGGACAGGUGACAACCUUUCAACAUGGGAACAUCUUCACAUGAGUGUUCCCAUGGUACUUCAACUGAGCCUUAGUGGACAACCUCUCUCAGGCCCAGACAUUGGUGGAUUUGCUGGUGAUGCAACUCCGAAGCUAUUUGGAAGGUGGAUGGGUAUUGGUGCAAUGUUUCCAUUUUGCCGUGGGCAUUCUGAGAUGGGUACAGAUGACCAUGAACCUUGGGCCUUUGGUGAAGAGUGCGAGGAAGUGUGCCGUCUUGCUUUGAAGAGGCGCUACCGGCUUAUACCACACAUAUAUACUUUAUUUUAUCUAGCACAUACGAGGGGUGCUCCAGUUGCUUCACCAGCCUUUUUUGCAGAUCCGAAAGAUGUACAGCUUCGCAAAGUUGAGAACUCCUUUCUGUUGGGACCACUUCUAAUACAUGCAAGUACUUUGCAGGAUCAGGGAACGGACCAGAUACAACCAUUGUUGCCUAAAGGCAUUUGGUCGAGUUUUGAUUUUAAUGAUUCACAUCCGGACUUGCCCAUGCUAUACCUCAGAGGAGGAUCAGUACUUCCCUUGGGUCCUCCACAUCAACAUGUUGGGGAAGCUAAUCCAACAGAUGACUUAACACUUCUUGUGGCUUUAGAUGAACAUGGGAAAGCUGAAGGUGUACUAUUUGAAGAUGAUGGUGAUGGAUAUGGAUUCACCAGAGGGAAUUAUCUAUUAACUUAUUACACUGCUGAAUUCCACUCUUCUGUUGUUACUAUAAAAGUUUCUAAUACUGAAGGAUCUUGGAAGAGACCAAAACGUCGUCUGCAUGUGAAACUGUUGCUCGGUGGAGGUGCAAUGAUUGAUUCAUGGGCCACUGAUGGAGAGGAAGUGCAAAUUACUAUGCCGUCAGAGCAGGAAGUGUCUAACUUGGUAUUAAUGAGUCAGAAGCAUUAUCAAACUCAAAUAGAAACUGUGAAGCGUAUCCCAGAGGUUGAACAUACUGCAGGAAAGAAGGGCACUGAACUUUCAAAGACUCCUGUUGAACUAAAAGGUGGUGAUUGGUGUCUUAGAGUGGUUCCUUGGAUUGGUGGUAGAAUUAUUACAAUGGAGCAUCAUCCCACGGGAAUACAGUGGCUCCAUAGCAGGGUUGAAAUUAAUGGCUACGAGGAGUACAGUGGUACAGAGUAUAGAUCUCCUGGAUGUACUGAAGAAUAUUCCGUCAUUGAGCGAGAUCUUCUGCAAGCUGGAGAAGAAGAAGCCCUCAAAAUGGAAGGUGAUAUUGGUGGAGGCUUGAUCCUGGAGAGAUGUAUAUCAAUUCCGAAGACUGGACCCAGUGUUGUUCGAAUAAUAUCCAGUAUCGUAGGCCGUAACGUUGGUGCUGGUUCUGGAGGAUUUUCAAGGCUUGUGUGUUUGCGUGUGCAUCCAACAUUUGGUCUCCUCCACCCGACAGAAUCAUUUGUAUCAUUUACCGCAAUUGAUGGAUCUAAGCAUCAGAUUCAGCCCGAGUCUACUGAGCUAUCGUAUGAGGGCAACCAGCGACCAAACGGAGAAUGGGCACUCGUUGAUAAAUGUCUCGGUGUUAGUCUUGUAAACCGGUUCGAUACUAAGGAAGUUUUCAAGUGUCUGAUUCACUGGGGUACAGGAACCGUUAAUUUGGAGCUGUGGUCAGAGCAAAGGCCUGUUUCUAAGCAGUCACCUCUAAGCAUAUCCCACGAGUACGAGGUCAGAAUGAUUUAGGGCCCCAUAUGGUUUGUAGCCAAUGCAUUCAGAUACUGCAAAUAACGAGCCUGUUUUCAGAAAGAAGAAUAACCAAAUAUAAAAUAAAUGUACUUGAGAAUAGUAGAAUACUGAGUUGUAUUAGACCUGAUCAUCUAUACCGCUGUCGGCCUGACUCGGCCCGAAAAGUACGGGGUUUGGGUAGCAUAAAACAUGCAUUUUAGUCUGGCCUGAAAGCCGUUUUGGCCCGCAAAGCCCGUAUCAAAUGUCCGGCCCGAAUUUGGAUAUUCUGUUUACCAUAUGAUAUGCAUACAUAUUCUAGGUUUUAUGCUUUCUUUAAAAUAACGCUCUUGUAAUAAUCCUUACCCCCCAUUAAGUUACGUUUAUAUGAAGCUAUGGAGAUGUAUAUUGACAAAUUUACUUUCAUAUGUUUGAAUAAGAGAACUUAACACGAA